UUAUUUUGCAUAUGAAAUGAAAUAAUAGUCUUUCUUCUCUAUCUCAAAUUCUCAAUGCAAUAAAGCCCCAAUCCCUCUCUUUCUUCACGCAAUCCACUAUAUUGGUGUUUUUAUUAUUCAACUCCUUUGUUGAUUGGCUGUUGUUUCUGUUAAGGUAAUACAAUAAAAAGCCACCCUUUUUCUCGAUUCUUGAUUGUUUUGGGUGUGUGUGCACAGGUAGGCUGCUAUGCAGACAUAAUUUGCAUUCUUGAAUUGGAUUUUUUUGUUUUGCCUUUCUAUUUCCGCAUCUGGGCAUUUCAUAAAGGACCAGGCUUUGCUUUGGUUAUGGGGUUUGAUUGCUCUGUUUGAGGUUUAUUGGAUGUUGACCUAAAGGGGGCCUUGUUGGAGUGGUUUUGGGGGGGAUUGAGGAUUGGUUCAUGCUUGGAGUGAGACAAUGGAGAGGUUUCAUCUUCUUUAGCAUUGACUAGUGGAAACAACAAUAUGAAAAACUUUUUGAAGAAACUCCAUUUGGGGUCCAAUCAGUCUGAGGAUUCAGAAGGGUCAACAUCAGCAGCAAAGGGGAAUAGGUUGAGUGAUGUUUCUUCGCCUGAGAGGAAUUUGAACUCUAGAUCCCACCAUGGCUCUGAGCAUAACAAGCCCUUUUCAGCAAUUUCUGGAUGGCUCAGCUCUGUUACAAGUAGACAUAGUAGUCCUAGUCCUCCUUCUUCUUCUAAUGUGAAUAAAGUUGACAUAAUGGAACCUUCUGAUUCUGUGAGUAGUUGUGGCUUGGAGGCUGCUAUGGAAGCAGUGAGGCUCGAGUGUGAGUCUACGAAUUCCAGGGAUCCCGAUAUUGAAGAAGAGUAUCAAAUACAGCUGGCUUUAGAGUUAAGUGCAAGGGAGGAUCCUGAGGCAGUUCAGAUUGAAGCUGUGAAGCAGAUCAGUUUAGGCUCUUGCCCACCCGAAAAUACACCAGCAGAAGUUGUAGCAUAUCGGUAUUGGAAUUACAAUGCUCUUAGCUUUGAUGAUAAGAUCAUGGAUGGUUUCUAUGACCUAUAUGGCAUCCAGACAGAGUCCACUUCAUCAAAAAUGCCUUCCCUUGUUGAUCUGCAGCGAACACGUGUAUCAGAUCACAUUAGUUGGGAAGCCAUUCUGGUCAAUAGAGCUGCUGACUCCAAGUUGUUGAAACUUGAACAGAGGGCUUUGGAGAUAGCAGUCAGGUCAAGGUCUGAAUCCUUAAGCUUUGUAGGUGGAGAUUUGGUGCAGAAACUUGCUGCUUUAGUUUCUGACCACAUGGGAGGGCCUGUAGUGGAUCCGGACAAUAUGUUAAUAGCAUGGAAAAACCUUAGUUAUAAAUUAAAAAAAACUCAUGGAAGCAUGGUUUUGCCUCUUGGUUCUUUGACCAUUGGAUUGGCUCGUCAUCGUGCAUUGCUGUUCAAGGUUUUGGCUGAUAGUGUGGGUGUCCCUUGUCGACUAGUGAAAGGACAGCAAUAUACGGGAUCCGAUGAUGUUGCAAUGAAUUUUGUAAAGAUUGAUGAUGGAAGAGAGUACAUUGUAGAUUUGAUGGCAGCCCCUGGCGCUCUUAUUCCAUCUGACACUGCAGGAGGGCAUGGAGACUAUGAAGAUUUCCUUUCCACCAGUCCAAUGUCUAAAGAUGUUGACUCCUCACAUACAGCAUCCUCUAGCAGUGGGGCUGCUACUUCGUUGGAGGAACUCAAUGGAUAUGAUAAGGGGUCAUCCAGAUUGAGAGAAAGUAUAACUUUAGGAAAGGAGUCUUUGUCUCCCAGGGACUCAGAAUACCAGAUUACGGCUGAGGGAAGAGAUAACAAGUCCUCAGGUGAUAUUGAAAAGCCUUACAAUGCAAAAAAGGAGCUGGGAUGGGACAAUCCUGCCAGAAUUACUCAUCCUUAUUCACAUGCAAGAUCUCCAUCCUGGACUGAAGGGGUUAGCUCCCCAGCUGUACGUAGAAUGAAAGUGAAAGAUGUUUCACAGUACAUGAUGGAUGCUGCCAAAGAAAACCCAAAUCUAGCCCAGAAACUUCAUGAUGUCUUACUUGAAAGCGGAGUUGUUGCACCUCCAAACUUGUUUGCUGAAAUUUAUUCAGAUGAAUUAGAUGUGUCAACAUUGGAAGCUAAAUCGACAGUUGAUGAGGAAAAUUGGGAGAGAGAUAACUUGCAGAGAAAGAAGGGCAGAGAUGAUCUUGACCGAGCGCACUUCUUGCCUCCCCUGCCAUAUCAUGGUACAUGUUCCAAGGGAACUCCACGUGGACAGUUGGGGCACAUUGUAGAGGAAGAAGAGCUGGUUUCUCCGAAGAAAGAAGUCCCCCCCAUGAAGUAUAAUAAAAAUAUGCCUGUUGCUGCAGCAGCAGCUGCUGCUGCUGCUGUUGUUGCAUCUUCAAUGGUAGUAGCUGCUGCAAAGACUACUGCUGAUCCAAAUGUUGACCUCCCUGUAGCAGCUGCAGCUACAGCUACAGCAGCAGCUGUGGUGGCAACUACUGCAGCUGUCAGUAAGCAAUAUGAUAAUUUGGAUUUCUCUGUUAAUUCGCCAGAAAGUCCUCCUGCAUUUUUUAAUCCUUUAGAAUGGGUAAGAAGUGAUGGAGAUGCAGAUGCUACUGUUGGUGAGCAGCAGGGAAGUGGUGAACGAGUGCGCGAAGCACAGGGUACAAAUUCAGAGGGUGAAAGAAUAUCAGAUAGGUCAACAGGUAGUGCAAAAUCCGAUUCGAUGCUUGAUGAUGUAGCAGAUUGUGAGAUUCCUUGGGAGGAUAUUUCCAUGGGAGAACGUAUUGGACUUGGAUCCUAUGGGGAGGUAUAUCGUGGAGAAUGGCAUGGAACUGAAGUUGCUGUCAAGAAGUUUUUGGACCAAGAUAUUAUUGGUGAAUCCCUUGAAGAAUUCAAAAGCGAGGUACGGAUCAUGAAAAGACUUAGGCAUCCUAAUGUUGUUCUUUUCAUGGGAGCUGUUACUCGGCCUCCAAAUCUUUCAAUUGUUACUGAAUUUCUACAUCGAGGUAGUUUGUACAGACUGAUACAUCGUCCCAACAAUCAAUUAGAUGAACGCAAACGAUUAAGGAUGGCUCUUGAUGCUGCUCGAGGUAUGAACUAUUUGCACAAUUGCACUCCAAUGAUAGUUCAUCGUGAUUUGAAGUCUCCAAAUCUCCUUGUUGAUAAGAACUGGGUUGUCAAGGUAUGCGAUUUUGGGUUAUCAAGAAUGAAGCAUAGCACAUUUCUUUCUUCAAGGUCAACAGCAGGGACGGCGGAGUGGAUGGCACCAGAAGUGCUGCGAAAUGAGCCUUCGGAUGAGAAAUGCGACGUAUAUAGCUAUGGCGUCAUACUAUGGGAGCUUUGCACGCUGCAGCAACCAUGGGGAGGGAUGAACCCGAUGCAAGUUGUUGGUGCUGUUGGAUUUCAGCACCGUCGUCUAGACAUACCAGACGACAUGGAUCCUGCCAUUGCGGACAUCAUUAGAAAGUGCUGGCAAACAGACCCAAGAUUACGCCCUUCGUUUGCUGAAAUCAUGGCUGCGCUAAAGCCUCUGCAGAAGCCUAUUACUGGCUCCCAAGCGUCGAAGGCAGUGGCGUCGAGAAGCCAAGAGAAGGGCCAGUCGUCGAAGACUUGAGAGAAGAUUCAGCGGCUCAAAGGAGCCGCUGAAGAAGCAAAAACUAGAUUUCAGUUGUUGGAAAAGCAGAAAGAAAUCAAAAAUCUGAAGGGGGAUAAAUAAAAGAUCCUGACAAAAACACACACUUGAUAGCAAUUUGUGAUUCUUUACCUUCCCUUUUUUUUUUUUGUUCUUGCUCUUUUUUUUUUUCCAUGUUGUCUUUUACUUAGUUUCUUGUAUUCUUGGCUUACAUCAUUUGCCAUCAUCCUCAGAAUUAUGUAUUUGUUUGUACAUUAAUUUUGAAAUCUGUUGUAAUUACAAAUGAAUAGUGGUUGCUUGUGUUUUGAGUUUUGAGGGUAUAAUCAACCUUUGCUUCACAGAAA